CCCGGCUGAGCGACCCUCUCCUGCUGAUUCUUGUCUGCUCGUUUCUGUCUUAAAAAUCCAACGUCAGUCGUCGAUCUCAUCAAGCCCAUCAUCGUAUCGCACGUGAGAGGUGAAUCACACUUCGCUUCUUCACACGUGCCAGCCGUUCGCUGCAUUCCCCUCCGGCUGUGGCAGGAACAGCAUGUCGCCUUCCGCGACUCAGGCAGUGGAGCAGUCCCCUGCAGCUCCGCCCACUGCUCAGAGACCGUCUGCUCAAGAUGCCCCAGGCGGUUCCACAUCGCAGAGCGGCAAGAGAGCAACGAGGAACACGCAGAUCUCGGUCAUUGCAGGAUUGGGCAGAGGAGAGCAGGAAGCCAAAGAUGGUGGAAAGACGUUUGAGAAGCAGGUCGACUUGCCCAAAUUGCCCUUUCCGGAGCUGGAGCAUACGUGCAAGAGGUAUCUGGACAGUCUCGAGGCUUUGCAGUCCAAGGAGGAGCACGAGCAGACGACAAGAGUGGUGCAAGGGUUCCUGUCAAAGGAAGGUCCCAAGCUUCAUUCCGAGCUGCAAAGGUACGCCAGCGCGCGACCGUCCUACAUCGAAGAGUUCUGGGACGAAAGCUACUUGACCGCUUCGGAGUCUGUGGUGCUCAAUCUCAAUCCAUUUUUCAUCUUGGAGGAUGAUCCCACGCCUUCGCGCGGCAAUCAGCUCAUGAGAGCUGCGAGCUUGACCCUCGCCAGCUUAUGUUUCAUUCACGACCUCAGACAUGGCGUUUUAGAGCCCGACAACGUUCGCGGCACUCCCCUUUGCAUGUCGCAGUAUCCAAAGUUGUUCGGCACCACGCGUAUCCCCACAGAGAAUGGGUGCAGACUGGAGCACUCGCCCGAGUCCAGGCAUGUCGUCGUGAUGCGUCGUGGUCAGAUCUACUGGUUCGAAGCCCUGGAUGAGGACCACAGACCUUUGCUGACGGAGCGAGCGCUUCUCAGCAACUUGCGAGCAAUCUGCAAGGAUGCGGAUCAGACAGCUCCGCGAGAUGUUGCCAAGGGCGCUCUCGGCAUUCUCACCACUGAGAAGCGCAAGACGUGGGCUGGAGUGCGCGGUAUCCUGAAGGAGCAUCCUCAUAACGCAAAGUGCUUGGAAGUAGUGGACAGUGCGCUAUUUGUCGUCUGCAUGGACGACAGCGAGCCUCAAGAUCCGGCGCAGCUUUGCUCCAACAUGCUCUCGGGAACGAUUCAGCUGGAUCAGGGUGUUCAGGUCGGAACUUGCUCCAAUCGGUGGUACGACAAGCUGCAAAUCAUCGUCUGCAAGAAUGGCGCAGCCGGUAUAAACUUCGAGCAUAGCGCUGCCGAUGGCCACACGGUGCUUCGUUUCGUGGCCGACAUUUACACGGAGCUGAUCAUGCGCUUUGCUAAGUCCAUCAACAGUGCUACAAAGUCGCUCUUCCAUGCAAAGACCAGUCCCCACGCCAAGGGCGCUGGCGGCGUGGGCAAGGCAGCGGAUAAGCAGAAAGACUUGGCAGUAGAGACAGACACUGCACCCAAGAAGCUCGAAUGGAAUCUGUCUCCUCCCGUCAGCGCUGCUAUCCGCUUCGGAGAGACUCGACUGAGCGACCUGAUCCAUCAGCACGACGUGCAAGUCCUAGAAUUCAACGAUUGGGGCAAAAAUUUUAUCACGAGACACAAGUUCUCGCCAGAUGCGUUCGUGCAAAUGUCCUUUCAGGCAGCUUACUACAAGCUGUACGGCAGAUCUGAGACGACGUACGAGCCUGCCAUGACCAAAGCGUUCUUUCACGGUCGAACAGAAGCUAUCCGCACAGUGCAGCCGUACACUGCAGACUUUGUCACCGCGUUUGACGACAGCAGCGUCAAGAACAAGGCGAAGCUGGAGAAGCUCCGCACAGCUUGCGCAGGGCAUGCAAAGCUUUCCAAGAAUUGCGCAAUGGGCUUGGGACACGACAGGCAUUUGUACGCCAUGAAUUGCUUGGUCAAGAAUCUGGUCGCGCAGGGCUCUGCCGAGUUCAACAGCAUACCUGCCAUCUUUCAAGAUGCAGGCUACGCCACUCUGGGUCAUACCAUCAUCUCGACUUCUAAUUGCGGCAAUCCAGCUUUGAGAUUGUUCGGAUUCGGACCUGUCGCACCUGACGGCUUUGGCCUUGGAUACAUCAUCAAGGAUGACGCUAUAUCUAUCUGCGCUUCUUCCAAAUUCCUGCAGACCGCAAGAUUUAUGCAGGAGAUCGCCGCCUAUCUCAAACAGAUUGAAAGCAUCAUCAUGGAAGCAUAUCGCGAAGCCAAUGUGCACACGACGAGCACCUACAUUGACCAUCAAGGCAGAGAGUGCGACGUGCGAACAGGUCUGCCCAUCGGAUCCAACCAGAACAAGGGCAACGGAUAUGCCGACGACGACUACGACCAGCCAGGCGCUGGCUACUCUUUCUACGAGGAGCAGAGCACCAAACCCAAUCAGGACGAUGCCGACGGCGUCAAGUCGCCCAGGAGUAGGUUGGCUGGUGUUGGUCGACGUCUGCUUGAUGUCGCUUGAUCCGAAUCCUGAACCUGCAAAGCAAUUUGGACGUUGUGACGUCCAUGCCCGCAUGUGCACGACCUCAUCCUUCGCUCGCUGUAUUGUCACGA